UGUCUCUCUCUCUUUCCCUCCGCGCUGCCUCUCCGAGGUCCUCCCGCCGAGCCCCGGCGCGGGGCAUGAGGAGCCCCCGGGUGCCGCCCAGAGACCAGCAGGCUGCGCGCACACCUCGCCAGCGGCAGACGGGGACAUGAGCAGCGCGCACGGGGUCCCGCGCCCGGCAGCCAGCCCUAUCCGGCGGCGGCCAGCGGGUCAACGCUGCCCGGGAGAAUGAGGCAGGAGCCGGCGGCAGCCUCCUUUUUUUCCUCCUCCUCGCCUUCCUGCGGCUCCGGCGCUCCGGGUCCGGGCCGGGCUGUGGCUCUGCUGCGUGCCCCGCGCGCCCCUCAACCGCCUCCGGAUGCGCUUCUCGGAUGCCCAUGAGUUAAUCCUCCCCCAAACAACAGACUAGAGAAGGUAUUCAGAGGAACACAUGUAAGACCUUCACGGUUCACCUACGGCUCUUAGGAGUUUCUGGGACUCGGGAGGAAAGGUUAGCCUGGCAAGGAAGAUAAAGACAUUUGCAACCAAGAUGGUAAUCACUAGUGGAAAUGAUGAAGACAGAGGAGGUCAAGAAAAAGAAAGUAAAGAGGAGAGUGUCUUGGCAAUGCUGGGGAUUAUCGGGACCAUUCUGAACCUGAUUGUGAUCAUAUUUGUCUACAUAUACACCACCCUGUGAAUGGCCCAGAGUGUCCUCAGAGGCCUCGGAAUGGCCAAAGACGGAAGUCCUGCGUGUCGGCGCAUCACUGACCAGACCCUGCGAGAACAAGCAGGCUUGACCCGCACACACCACCCAAUCAAAUGCACCUUCAAACUUUACAAAAGGUCACACAAAUAGACCGAUCCUGCUGCAGGGAGCAGACACUAAAGCACAAUGAUUCCAACAAAACUCAUUCACAGCACUAGGGACUCAACGUCUUUGGCAGGGGGCCCAGAAGAAUGCUUGGAAGACCAGCCUCUGACACCAUCGGUGAGCGGAUGGGUGCAGAAAUUCAUUAUUCCAGAUCGCUGACAGAUAUCACAUAUUUGAAAAGAUGAAUAGGGCGGACAUGGCUCAGAUGUGUGUCUCCCAGGACAAGUGUUUCAUCUUCACUUGACGAGCUAUUUAGUGGAAAAACCACAGGGGCAGCCCUUUGACAGGCAUCCCAUUCAUCAAAAGUGUCUAACUAUUUGAUACUGGGGAGAUAAUUUAUUUUUCUUUUUUCAUUGGCUUGACAUGUGUAUCUGUUCAUAUCAAGGUUUAUAAAUAUAUAUUUUUAAUAAA